AUGGCGCUUCGCUUCGCCGCGCUGCUGCUGCUGCUCGGCGCCCGCGCCCAGCAGCCCUUCCUCGCGCAGCAAACGCAGCCCUUUCUCGUCGUCGCCACGCAGCGCACGGGCAGCAAGUGGGUCAUGCAGUCGCUGCGGCAGCAGACCUGCGACGUCGCCGCGUUCGACGAGAUCUACCUCUCGCGCGGCUGGUGCCUCGACGGACCCGCGAAAAAGGCCGCGGGCUGGAAGUCGGACCGGACGCCCUGCCACCGCGACCUGGGCCUCGAGUUGAACAGCCUCGAGGCGCUUUUUGAUGAUGCCGUUGCGCCGGAUCCCAGGCUCUUCGCGACGGACCACGCGAGGAAGUGGGCCGCGGUCUACAACCGGACGCGCGACACCCGCCAGAACUUCGCCUACGGCUUCAAGUGGAUGGUCAACCAGGGCAUGGACGAGCUCUGGGGGCCGCUGCUCGCGACGGCGCGCGCGCGGCGCCUGCGGGUCGUGUUCCUCUACCGCCGCGACCUGCUCCGCAUGCUCGUGUCCAUCGCGCACAACAAGCGGCAGUUCGACGCGCACCCGAAGGACGAGGCCGGCCUCGCGUCCAUCCGGAGCGCGAAGAUCCCGCUGCCCCAGGGCCGGGCGCUGCUCUCGCACCUCGACGAGCUCGCGUCGCACUUCGAGGCCAUGGACUUCUACCGGGGCCAGGCGGCCGCGCUCGGCGUCGAGACCCUGAAGGUCGUCUACGAGGACGUCGUCGACGACGCGGCCCACUGGUUCCACAAGGCCUGGAGAUUUCUGACGCGCGGCCUCGACCGGAGCGCGUCGACCUGCGACGCCAAGGCGCCCGCGACGGGCAACGACACGAUGCUCAUCCACAAGGACGCGCCGCGCGCCUACGUGUCCAACUGGCCCAGCGUGAGGGCGACUCUCUCGCGGUCGCCGAAGUACGCCUACCUCGUCGCCGACGACGUCGAGCCGACGCCCGCGCCGUCGCCCGCGCCGACGCCCGCGCCGUCGCCGCGGCCGCCGCCGCCGCGGGCGGGUCUGAAGGCGUCCUUCGUCCUCGGCCAGCAGGCGCGGUUAGGCGGGUGGCGAUAA